GUGUGUGUGUGAGGGGUCAUGUAGGGUGGGGCCACCCCGAGCAGGAACAGGCUGAUGAGGGGUCAAUGUCCACUGGGCAGGUCGUGUUCACACCCCAGGUCAAGCCUGGCUGUGUGGGACGGGGGGUGCGGGGGCUGUGCCCUUCUGCCCGAGGUUUAUCCCAAGCCCAGCAUGGGUGGGUCACUGCAUCCCCGGUGCAGGGCUGGGCAAGCACAGGUCUGUGUCUGAUCUGGGAGCAGCAGGGGGACUGGGCAGGAGGACAGGGGGGAUGGCCGGGCAGGGCUAUGAUGCCUCUGGGCCAGCUACCGGUCCCUGUCUUUGUGAAGGCCACGGAUGAGAUUGGAAAGAGGCUGGCAGACAACCGCCCCAUGUCCCUGGCAGAGGGAGUCCCCUCACAGUGGUCUCCAGAAGCAGGGACUGGGGACUGCCCGGGAUGGCCUUUAACACCGCCCAGGCCACUGUCCCUGGUGGUCCCUCAUCUCACUGCGGUCCAAGAGCUGGAGCCCACAGAGGCCGAGCCUGAGGCUGCUCCACCAUCUGAGGAACUAAAGCUGGCUCCAAGUUCAUGGGCAGGGGUGGUACCUGCAGCGACUUCAGCAGAAGACCAGGAGCCAGCAGGGGACCUGGCACCUGCCCACGGAGAGCCUGCCACCACCACUGCUCCUGCCCCUUCCCCUGCCUGUGCUCCUGUUCUUGCCCCUGACUCAGCUCCUGCCCUGGGUCCUGCACCUGCCACUGUUGCUGACCCUGUCCCUCCCCUUGCUCCUGCCCCUGUCCCUGAUCUUGCACCUGUCCCUGCCCCUAUCCCCAGCCCUGCCCCUACCUUUGCAGGGCCUGCAGAGCCACAUCCAGAGCCCACAGUCCUGCGGGCACAGCUCCUUGUACAAUUACACUUAGUCAUAUCACCCGAGCCCCACAUCUUGCCAGGAUGUUUCAUCCCCUCCCCCUGUGUUCUUUCUCUCUGGUGUAUUUUAACUCUUAUAUUAGCUUUCCAAGCCCUGUAUGCUGUUUAUGAUUUGUUUUAAAUAAAGUUACUUGUUUUCAGUUGAACACGUCAUGAGCAUGGAGUGCAUCCCCGACGCUGCGCCACCGCGGCACAGAACAUGGCGGCAGAACAUUCCUUCCCCAAAGGAGACCCCAAACCAGGGGCCCGCCCUGCCCCUUUCUCCCCCAGCCCAGACCCUUAGAACGCCUAAGCUGCUUUCUCUCUCUGUUCCUUUACUGUUCCAGAUGUUUCUGUAAGUGGAAUCACACAAUAGGUGCCUCCGUGUCUGCUCACCUAUUUUCAAAGGGGACUCGUUUCUUUCUGUGUUGACAGAAAAUUUCCCUUAUUUGACAUGAAAUCCCCGAUGGAUUACAGAUCAGACAUAAUCACAGAGACCAGUUUAGGAAUUAUGGGCACAAUCUUAGGGCCAAGACCCCUGUUCCUGCUGGGACACCACGGCCUGACCUCAGACUCAACACAGCUGGUUCCUCCUGUGACCCACACAGACACCAGGGAAAUGCAGACAGCUGGUAGACACGCCACAAAGGGCAAAAGCAUUGCCUAUGACCCAAGGAGAGAAAGGUUUCCCCUGCCUCUGGUCCAAACCGUGCUCCAAGUCACUGGGUUCCACAGGGACACAGACCAAACACACGCAAGUCCAAGGGGAAGGAUAGGCAUGCAGGGAGUAUGUGUCAGAGAUGUGGGAGCUCCUGGGGAAGAACUCCGGCACAGGAAACCCUAUGG